AUGUUGAUCCAUGGCGAGGGUGGAACGGGGAAAUCGAAAGUGAUCACAAAGAUCACCAGAGCCUUCCGAGACCGGGCUGUCCAGCAUUGGCUCGUUAAAGCGGCUUACACCGGUGUGGCCACGUUGCUCAUCGACGGAAAGACAACGCAUACGAUUGGUGCAAUGGGUCUGAGAGGAGACAAGAUGAGCCCGGCGAACAAAGCGAAGUUGCAAAACUUUUGGAAGGAUCGUUUGUUCCUCAUCAUCGACAAGAUCUCCAUGAUUAGCAAACAAUUCCUCUCCUGUCUGUCUCGUAAAAUUGGAAUCAGCAAAGCAUCGUCUUCUGACAAAUCCUUUGGCGGUGUCAAUGUCAUCAUUUGUGGAGAUUUUCAUCAAUUCCCACCCGUAGCCAGCUCACCGUUGCAGGCUCUGUAUCAUCCUUCUGACGAAGCAAGAGACAAUGUGGAUAUGAAAGUCGGCCGGGUCAUUUACAAAGAAUUCACGACAGUCAUUCUCUUGAAGCAGCAGAUGCGCGUUAUGGACGAGGUUUGGCGAGAUUUCCUGAGGCACUUACGGGUGGGUAAUGUUCAGGAGCGGCACAUAACCAUGCUGCGUACCUUGUUGUUAACGGAUAAAGACGAAUUCAACAGCGAUCCAUGGCAAAACGCGACGCUGGUAACCCCGAGACAUGGUGUGCGCGUCCCGUGGAAUGCACAAGCAGCGCGCAAGAUGUGUCGGAAUGACUCGAAGCAGUUGUUUGUGUGUCCGGCGGAGGACACAUAUUGUGGAGGGCCAUUAUCACUUGCGGAGCGCAUGGAGAAGGAGUUACCCAGCACUAUCGAGCUGGCCAUCAGGAUGUCGAUCAUGGUGACGAACAAUGUGGAGACUGAUCUCGAUAUCACCAACGGCGCCCGUGGAACUAUCAAGAGAAUUAUCUUGGACCCUGAUGAGCCGACCAUUGGUGACGAGGCCGUGGUUUACCUGAAGAAAUUACCACCUUUCGUCCUCGUGCGAUUCGAGCAUACAAAAGCUGGCACACUGUCUGGAUUGUCAAUGGGGAUACUUCCCAUAGAGCCGGUGAAAACGACAUACCAAAUCAAAAUGCUGAUGGAUGACAACACGACAGUGAAGAGAAUGAUCCGGCGCCGGCAGUUUCCAUUGACAGGCGCGUACGCGUUCACCAACUACCGGUCCCAGGGCCAAACACUGAAACAUGUGAUUGUCGACAUCGCAACGCCGCCAACGGGUGGGCUCAGCCUGUUUAACGUAUAUGUCGCAUUGUCUCGAAGCUCAGGAAGAGACACAAUUGUUGAUGUGUGGAUUUUGUGUGUGCUUGGUCCGGACAAAGGAUGUGACAUUACUCUGUGA